UCAGAACCACAAAGUUAAAUGGGCAAACGUUGCAUUACUGACUGAUCUAUUAGUGUCGUUUCUUUUACAGUUUGUUUAUUAUUUUUCUGUAAGAGUCUGUUUUUAUAUACAGAGUCACUAUUUAUGAUGCUGUGUUUAGUAACACAGUCAGUCGGCAGACCUUUUGAUUUUUGCGAACACGACCACAGAGAAGGUUGAAGACGAAGAGCUUGGGUAGUGGUGACGUGUCUCUAAAGUGCCUUCUUUCCUGGGAGUAGCUAGAGCUUUCCAUCCGUAGUAAGAAGACCGAAGAGACUCAUUGACAUACAGGGGGCCGCACACUCAAAGAUCGUAGCUAAGGCUUGGGAAAUAAUCAUGGGUAUCAAAUUCCUAGAGGUAAUAAAGCCGUUCUGUGCGGUAUUACCAGAAAUACAGAAACCUGAAAGAAAGAUUCAAUUCAGGGAGAAGGUACUAUGGACAGCCAUCACUCUCUUUAUUUUCCUUGUGUGCUGCCAGAUUCCCCUGUUUGGCAUCAUGUCAUCAGACUCUGCAGAUCCCUUCUAUUGGAUGAGAGUUAUUCUGGCCUCCAACAGAGGCACCCUGAUGGAGCUAGGAAUAUCUCCCAUUGUCACAUCUGGCCUCAUCAUGCAGCUCCUGGCUGGGGCUAAGAUCAUUGAGGUGGGGGACACCCCCAAAGACCGGGCACUCUUCAAUGGAGCACAGAAAUUGUUUGGUAUGAUCAUCACCAUUGGUCAGGCCAUUGUGUAUGUCAUGACUGGCAUGUACGGAGACCCCUCCGAUAUGGGUGCUGGAAUCUGUCUGCUUAUCAUCAUCCAGCUGUUUGUGGCAGGUCUGAUUGUGCUGCUACUAGAUGAGUUGCUGCAGAAGGGCUAUGGUCUGGGCUCUGGUAUCUCCUUGUUUAUUGCCACCAACAUCUGUGAGACCAUCGUCUGGAAGGCCUUCAGCCCCACCACAGUCAACACUGGCAGAGGCACAGAAUUUGAAGGAGCCAUCAUUGCUCUCUUCCACCUCUUGGCCACACGGACUGAUAAGGUUCGUGCCCUGCGAGAGGCUUUCUACCGCCAGAACCUGCCCAAUCUCAUGAACCUCCUUGCCACCGUCUUCGUCUUUGGUGUAGUCAUAUACUUCCAGGGCUUCAGGGUUGACCUGCCAAUCAAGUCUGCCCGUUACCGUGGCCAGUACAACACUUAUCCCAUCAAGCUCUUCUACACCUCCAACAUUCCCAUCAUCCUCCAGUCAGCCCUCGUCUCCAACCUGUACGUCAUCUCUCAGAUGCUGUCCACGCGCUUCAGUGGGAACUUCCUGGUUAAUCUAUUGGGCACCUGGUCUGACACUUCUUCAGGCGGUCCGGCCCGUGCCUACCCUGUGGGUGGGCUCUGUUACUACUUCUCUCCCCCGGAGUCGUUUGGUUCGGUCCUAGACGACCCCAUCCACGCUGCCAUCUACAUCUGCUUCAUGCUGGGCUCCUGUGCCUUCUUCUCAAAGACAUGGAUUGAGGUGUCCGGCUCAUCUGCUAAAGAUGUGGCUAAACAGCUAAAGGAGCAGCAGAUGGUGAUGAGGGGACACAGAGAGACCUCUAUGGUUCAUGAACUCAACAGGUACAUCCCCACAGCGGCUGCCUUUGGUGGUCUCUGUAUUGGCGGCCUUUCCGUGAUGGCGGACUUCCUGGGUGCUAUCGGCUCGGGAACGGGUAUCCUGCUGGCCGUCACAAUCAUCUAUCAGUAUUUUGAGAUCUUUGUGAAGGAGCAAAGUGAGGUGGGAAGCAUGGGAGCCCUGCUCUUCUAGACAAACAACUGGCUGCCAAACCUUAUGACAAAACCACCCUCUGAAUGCACAUGGAUAUAUACCCCCAGAUCAGUCUCACUAAACAUUAUUAUUAUUAUUAUUAUUCACAUAAUUUGAUGUCCAUUUAAAUAAAAAUUUUUUUAUCUGCACAAUGAAAUGUAUUCUCUGGAUGCUUUCUGGCAUCUCCCCCUGACAUGGUCCACAGGAGGUUCAGCCCAAACUGGUUCAUGAAGCAGUGGUGGGACUGACUACAUCCUGACAUUCACAGCCUGAGGCCAGCUCCCCCUUUUAGACAUACCACAUUGCUCAACCCCUCUUUCAAUUGUAACAUUUUGCCUGGGCAUGUUUGUCCUAUCAGGGUGGAGAGGGUUGGGGGGGGGGUCCCUUUCCACGCUGAGACAAGAGCUAUGUAGUAUGCAAACAUGUAUACUGUACUGGGAUGAGGGCAGUCCCUUUCCUACUAGACCUUUUUCCAUACCUAGUCUACAUAGGAAAAUUAUGGUUUUCUGCUCAAGUUCCAUCAUCUGUGAGGAUAUAGGCAAGUGUAUAUAGUAUACCCUCUCAGCUUGGCCUUUUGGUACAAGCUUUAUCUGUGGUGUUGAUUUGAUGGCAAGGGAAGGUUUGGACCAGACUCAGAACGAUUCAGAAUAUAACCAUGUUUCUGUCAGACAUGUGACAUGGGUUUUAAACAGGUGAAAGAGUGUAGGACUCUAAGAAUGUGGUCCAGCUAUGUCAAAAACAAAUGUUUACCUUUUAUUUUGUGAGUGUGCAUUGCAAGAGUUCUGAAGUGAACCACCCACAGCCGAAGGUCCUCUGUUGAAACUGGCUGGAUGGAGGUUGGGUGUGUUUAGGGAGAGGUAAUCUUACUUUUGCCACGUUGAUACCUGUUACCCACUUUGUUGGGGUACAUUGGGUGAGCAAAGUUUUUGUUUGUGUUUUUUUAUUGUCUGCUUUGAGCAUGACUGUAUUAAACACUUCCAGAUGUCAUGGAUUUUGGUUUUCUGUAUAUAGCCAUGCAUCGAUCUAUUCUACAGUGUAAAAUAACUGUUUUUUUGAAUAUGUAAAAAAAAAAAAAGAAAAUGCUGUUCCGAACAAAUGUAUUCUGGGAAAAAGAUCAUUCUCAAUAAAAACUCAUUUUGGGGAAAGUUA